AUGAGAGUGGCAGUUAUUGGCGCUGGCCCUUCGGGUCUGACAACCCUGAAGCAUCUCACCCAGGCACGCAAGCAUCUCGAUUGUCAAGAGGUGGAAGCUCGCUUGUUCGAGUAUCAACCACACGUCGGGGGGACGUUUGUGGCCCGAGUCUAUGAAGACGCCGAGCUGGUUUCGUCCAAGCAGCUUACAACGUUCUCGGAUUUCAGGCUGCCAGACGCCCCGGACUUUCUCAGCGCUGCCGCGUACGCGAGGUACCUGAGGAGCUAUUGCACCCACUUCGAUCUAUGGCCGUGUAUCCAUCUCAACUCCAGAGUCGUGGCCGUGGUGCGCCGCCCAAACGGGCAUAAAGUCGUCUACCGCUGCGGAGAUGAUGAGCACGAAUGGGACUGCGACGCUGUUGCCGUGUGCUCUGGCCUUCACGUCGAGCCCAACAUGCCCGCGAUAGACGGCCUCGGCAACGUCCCACGGGUGAUUCACUCGUCCGAGUUCAAAUCAAGGAAGCAGUUCCGCAAUCGAAGGACCGUCAUGGUUGUUGGCUCUGGAGAGACGGGCGCGGAUAUCUCGUAUCUCGCCGUCACCACCCCCACCGUGGAGAGAGUCGUGCUUUGCCACAGAGACGGCUUUCAUUUCGCUCCAAAGAGGAACCCUGGUCCAGUCAUCCUGCCAGGCCUGCGAAAACCGGAUCCGUUUGAGCCAGGGAUACCCAUUGAUGUGAGCAGAGCAAACCUGUUUGACACGGCAUACGUCCACAAGAUACUUCGCAGCAAUGACAAGCUGCUGUGGGGCUACUACAACCUGUACAUCAAGAUAAUUCUCUUCAUAUGCUCGGGCACCACCCUUGGAAUGGACCAAUGGGUUGGGGAAAUCAGUCGAGAGAGAGAUCAUCCUUCCAAGAUAUUUUUCAACAAGUCCAUGAAAGUGUGUCCCUACAUCAGUCAGCCGUAUCGCCCACAACUUCCCGGCCCGCGCCUCUGGCUCUACGCCUUGCGAUCGGCAUUCGUGCAGACACCCAUCCCUGACACCCAAGGACGACGCGUCGACCUCGCACCAUGGCCGAAGCGUAUCGACAAGUCGGGAAGCGUCGAAUUCGUCGACAACAGACGGCCAGAAUACACGCGUCUGCAGGGCCAGCGCAUUCGCCCCGACCUGGUUGUUCUGUGCACGGGAUACAAGCAGAGCUUCCCCUUCUUGACCAGCGGCUUCCGAAACAGCGCCGACCUCCCCUACCCUACUCCGAACUCGGCAGAUGUCCGCCACAUAUGGAGCCGCCGUGAUCCGUCGGUGGGGUUCAUCGGGUUCGUUCGUCCUUCGCUGGGGGCCAUUCCUCCGUUGGCGGAACUGCAGGCCCAGCUGUGGGUAUGUCGCUUGUUGUCACCGCAGAGCAUCCCGAGGCCCCUGUCGGCGCAAGACGAGCACCACUACAAGCUUCGUCCUGUGCCCGGGGCUCGAAUCACCUACGGAGUGGACCACGAGAGCUACGCCUACCAGCUGGCUCUCGAUAUGGGCUCCGCCCCGGGUCUCUGGGACAUUGCCGGGUUUUUCUCGUGGCGGAGCGCGGGAUCGUCUUGGAGGCUGCUUCUGAUUUGGGCGUUGGGAGCUCAGCUGAAUACAAAGUUUCGUCUCAAAGGCCCGUGGAAGUGGCAAGGGGCUUUUGAGGUGCUGACUUCGGAUGAGAUGUGGCAGACGAUUACCAGGAGGCCCAUCAUUUUCGGUCAUUUCGCCGUUUCGAUGCUCCCAAUUUGUAUUUUUGGGCCCAUCAACUUGUUGUGCUGGGUGUACGGGGCGUCGGCAGCCCUCCUCUCGGAACCGUACGCCAGCCACCCGUUAAACGCCACCGCCGACGGCAUCCGCGUCGUCACCGUCCACCCGCACCUCAGCCCCGACGGCCUCGUGGCGUGCCGCCUCCAGACCGUGACGUUUGCCCAGCGCCCGCAGUACGAGACGCUCUCGUACCGGUGGGGCCACGGCGAGUGCCCCCCGAGGACGGUGCUCGUCGACGGCGUCGCCCUCGGCGUCACCGGCAACCUCCACGACGCGCUGCACUACUUGCGCGCCCACCCGCGCCGGUCGGCCAUCUGGAUCGACGCCAUCUCCAUCAACCAGGAUGACGUGGCCGAGCGCAGCAGCCAGCUGCGCAUCAUGCCGCACAUCUACGCCCGCGCCACCGCGACCCUCGUCUGGCUGGGCCGCCGCUACGUCAACCUGCCGCCCCUCGACCUCGACCUCGACCUCGGGCCGGCGGAGGAGGCGGAGCCCAACGCGGACAUCAGGGACUGGGUCGUCUCCGACGCCUACUGGGACAGGGUGUGGAUUCUGCAGGAAAUCGCAAAGGCGCGCCGGAUCCGCGUGUGCUUUGGCCGGGAGCCCGUCGAGUGGGAGGCCUUCAUGUCCUGGCUCCGCAGGCACCACCGCGACGGCGUGGACGGCACCGCCGGCCCCUUCAAGCUGGACGGCCUCCGCAGGGACAAGCACCGCGGCAGCUGCUCCCUCGCGCAGCUCCUCACCAACCACGCCGGCGCGCUGGCCAGGGACCCGCGCGACAAAAUCUACGGCCUCGUGGGCCUGUCGACGGACGGCAGGGGCUUCCCCAUGGACUACGGCAAGACGCUGCUCCAGGUGUGGUGCGACACGGUCCAUUUCAUGAGCCGCCACGACCUGCUGCCCCAGGACACGGCCGAGCGAGUCCGGUUCUGCGAGACGGUCCGCGACCUCCUCGGCGGCGAGCAGGAGCUCGGCUCCGUCUCGGGCGUGGUCCAGCUGUACAGCGAUCCCCGGCGUCACCAGCCCUUCCCCGACGACGGCAACAAGGCGUCGUCCGCGUCGGAUGAAAUGGCCCUCUCCGGGCUCUCCUUCUUCUCCGAGUGCUACGGCGUCAUCGUCUCGCUCGGGCCCUCGGCCAGCGAAAUCCUGUCCUCCAUCCAGGUGACGGAUCGCUGGGAGGCGGAGCUCCAGCGCCUGUACCGGGGGGACCUCGACAGCGCCCACCACGAAAACGACAACCUCCUGCGCGCCAUCUUCGACAGCCACGGCGCAAACGGCCAGCUGGUCGGCCUGUCCGCCCUCCAGGCCCACAGCAUCGGGUUCCGCGGGCCCGAGCUGUACGGCAGCUGCUGGAGCUUCAUGCACAAGGAGCGCGGCGCGGCCCCGGGGCUGGACGAGGCCUGGGUGCACGACACCACCACCCCCCACGAGCCGCGGCUGGCGAUGCUCAACCUCUCGCCCAACCCGCGCUUCCACACGCCCUUCAAGCUGGCCUUUGUGUCGCCCCAGGCCCGGCAGGGCGACUUCAUCUGCCGCGUUGACGGGUACCCCAUGAAGCGGGUGGUGGUGCGGCCCGCGGAAGAAGAGCACUCCAACGACGUCAGGAUGCACGUCUGCGGCACGGCCGUCAUGGUCAAGGACGUGCUGUCCGGGGGCGUCUUUGACGACGACCACGUGCAGUCGUCGUUCAAGCUGGACGUGGUCAUGGAUGCGAGGACCCUGUACGCCCUCAUAUUCGGCAACGAGGGGCACGGCGGCCUCGACGCCCGCGUCGACAUGGACUACGACGGCGUGAGGAGGGUUGUCGCCGCGAGUCUUGGACCGCGGACAUGA